CACAAAGGCCGAUAGAGGUCGUCGACGAAGCAAAAGCAGAAAAACAGGAAGAAGAAGAAGAAGAAGAAGAAGCAGCAGCAGCGGCAGUAGGUGACUGGAAUUUUCCAGAAGAGAAGUACUGUAACUGUACUCCCUCUGCUUAAUUUGUGGUGACGACAGCAGAAGUGUAAAGACGCGAACGGUCGCAGAAAUAUAUUAACCUAGAAACGUUAUUUUAAUACCUUCUAAAAUCUUCCGCUGGUUACCCCAAAUACGGUUUCAGCUAAAGCGCCCGCCUAUCUGACAAUGACCAAGGGCGACGAGUCUGAUCCAAUGGCCAAUGUUGACCAGAGUGAUGGUCUCAGUGGGUGUUCUGAUCAGAGUAGCCCUUCAUCCCACCACUCCAGUUAUGAAAGUAGCCCUUCGUCGACAUCUGGCAGCAACAGGAGACAGCACAGGUCUUCAACAUCCAGCAGUGGUUCCUCCUCUCGUUCCAGGUCCCGCUCGCAUCCCCGUUGUCAUAGGCAUUCCCACUGCCGCAGCCAUCGAAGAUACACUUAUGACCGCCGCCCAUCACACAGCCAUAGGGCGCACUCUCGAUCCUACAGCCGCUCACCAUUGCCGGACAGGUCCUGCAGGUACCGUAGACGCCCCAGUUCCAGAUCGCUCGCCAGGUCUUACUACAGGUCUUCAAUGGGUUGGAGGAGGCGCAGCACAGCUGAGAGUCGUUCUAACAGGUUUUCCAGAUCUCCACCCAGAUCCUACAGGAGCUCCUCAGGGUCAUCAGGAAGUUCAGUCAGUUUGAGCUUGGAAGAUAAACGAGAACUUCUGAAAGCGGCAAAGGUCAAUGCUAUGAAGCUGCUGGGAGUGGAGAAGCUGGAACUUCCUGAGAGUGCGAAACCAAUCCUGCCAGAGGAGCCAGAAUGGGCAUUAGCCUCUCCAGAGCCAUGGGUGAGACCACAACCUGAAAAGAUGUCAUCAAAGCACAAUGAAGCAGAAGCCACUACCGCCAGCCUGAAGAUGUCCCCAAAAACAAAAGGCAUAACUUUCAGCAUCAAUAACUGUGUGGCAAAGCCAACAGUGACCUCACCAUCUAGUGCAAAGGUAACUGCCAGCGUUGACAGCUAUGAAAGCAGCAAGCCAUAUGGCCACUGGAUCCCAGUCAUGCCCAGCCGGUCCUCAAGUGCACGCAAACAAACACGCAACAAGUCACAUUAGGAUUGGCAUGAUAUAAGUGGCAAGAAGUGUUGAAAUCAUUCAGACCGGGGAUUCUCAACCAUGGCAAAUUGCAGGGGGUACAUGGAAACAUUGAAAUUCCAAGAUGAAAAGUAAAUAUUCAGUCAUUUCGCAUUAAGCCAGACAAUCAAAUGGAACAAACUAGUUCCCUCCAAGGAGACGAUCUGUGGCACAGCUGCACCAAAGAGCUGUGUGACAUUUUACUUAUGGAGAAUUAAUGCGUAUGAGUGAGGGGGUACUCAUGGUAUGACAAAAAGGCUCGGGGGGUACACAACACUGCCAUAGUCUAUGUAUGGGGACAAAAGUUCUCACUUAAGCACAAGUUCAUAAGAUACACUUUUAAACCUAGCGGAUAUAUAGCAUGGAUGUACGGAAUGGUCCACAAUUAUGUAGUGUGUCGACUCAAAGAGGCAUAUUCUCCAGGUUCACACAAUUAAUACAGUUGUGGGUUAAUAAUGGGCAAAAACGGCCUGUGUGGCAGUGGUCUUAUACAGGGAAUGAAAGUAAUACUGAAGUCCUGCCACAAGUCAUGCUAUGCAAUCUAGCGACAGACUUGCUUGUAUGACAUUGACCAUGAAGUCCCCACAAGGUCAAACAAUAAUACAAAAGUAAUAAAAUACAAACGCCAAACAAUUGUUUUUUUGCUCUUUAUACCACUGUGAUCCACUCAAUCAUUUCAUGAUUUAUAUUAUAUAUUUAUUGGAAUUUCCCCUUGUGGGACUAAUAAAGGCAUAUGUUAUUACUGUGUCCAAGUGCGUAUAACUUACCCAAUGCAGUUCUCAUGACAGCCUCACAAUGUCGCUGUUGUCCCAUAAAUUGGUUAGUUUUUGUUCUAGGGUAUUUAGUCAACAGGUGUUGACCCUUGAACUCAACUGAAUACAGUGGGCAGGCCACAUGUCGAAUUUGUAAAUGACACAUGGCAUCACUUUUGUUAACCAUAACCACUUUUGUAGCAUGACUUAAUACAGUAUAAUGCUUGCAUGGUUUUUCUUCAUUGGCUGCUAUUUGCUGAACUUUAUUUGAAGGGCAAUUUAAAUUCAACUCAUUUUACUGUUAUGCAAUCAUAACAGCUAAAAUUGAGUAUUAUCCAGAUAACAAGAAGUUAACAGCUCAAGUUAAUUCACUGAUGUAAGGGCUUGCAGUGCCAGCCUAGUGGGACAAUAUUGCAUGGGAAUGACUUGCCUUGCUUUUAUCUCCGCUCAGUCACAAGGCCCUCUUGCUCAUGUUGCUGCUUGAGGCAAGUUGAUUAGACAAAGACAGGAAUGAUAAUGAAUUGAAUUACGCUCCUGUUGCUCCUUAUCACUGCACCUACAUCAAACAUAUUUGUCAGUGAACAUUUACCACCAAACAAGCCCUGAGGUUUGAUGCUACUUAAUGGCAGUUCAUUCUCAUGCUCAAAAUUGAAAAGGCUGGCUGUCAUGAGACACACAAAUCACACCUAGUGUUCUACAUUGACGAAUAAUUGGAAAUGGUUUAUUUAAAGAGUAAGGGUGAGAAUAGUCCAAAGUGUUUUCUUAAACUGUACACGUUACAUUAGACAGCUCAAAGCAAUUUAUAUAAAAACACGUGCAAUAAGCACUUUCAUGACCUAUAAUGGAAUGCAUCCACAAAUGUGACAACUCAAACAGCAGUGCCUCUCUCCAAGUUCUGCUUGAUCUCUGCCGUGUAUUUGCCGUAGAAGCGUUCGGCCUUCUUGUUGAACUUGGCGUUCCUCUCGUUAAUGUAGUCAAUAUCUGCAUCGUCGUUGUAAGCCCUGCGUCGGCUGUAUUUGGCCCGCUUCUCAAUUCUGCACAAACGCAAAUACAGCUGCUUAGUGGUUGAUGAUUAGGAGAAUGAAACUGGGCAAAAUACACAGUGAGCAUUCAAUCUUGUAACAUAGAUUCUUCAAUGUGUUGUUUGCAGCUGGUACUGCAGUCCUGUAUAUUAUCAACAAGAUGCACACCAUUUUUUUUUUUACUCAUAUCAUUGGAUUGUCUUAAUGUUGUGGCCAGUGAGAGAUUUGUUUGUAGUGUGUGGGAGAUAUUCAACAAAACCAUUUGGACUAUUUGGGUGUUGAAUAAGGCAGCCAAAUUCAUCCAGGCUAAGCCUACACGGUGCCAUUGGGAACAUUCUUGAGUUAAUUCUAUUCAUUCUACUGAGGAGCAAGACUUUCCCAUCAAUUUAGAGGACUGACGGGAGGCACCAAUAACCAUUCAGCACAAGGUGUCUUGAAAGGAAAUGACAGGAUGGGAAAGUGCCAGUGUAAUCUCCUUUUGACUGAGGCUUACUGUUUCUCGACAUCUUCCACCAUACGGUCAAUGCCCUCCUGGGCCGGGACAUGGGUGCCAUGGAUCAGGCUAUUGGAUGUGGGGUGGAAGUCCUCACCACUGUGGAGUACGGCAAAAGAAAUUAUAAAUGCCCAACCAUAGCUAAUCAGCAUUUUAUCACACUUAAAACGUGCUUCUCUCUUCUACUAUUGUGAGCUGGGUCAUUCUGAGGAAAGAUGAUGGUGUUGCUCGGGGCAAAAUGUGUCGGUGCAUCAUUCACGGUUCUGCAUACGGCAACAUUUAAGGGCAAAAAACCCUGCAGGCGCUUUCUUGUCCUUUUUUAAAAAAUUUUUUUUGCUUGUUUGACCUUCAUGCGCAUGAAGUAAAUCUCGACCUUAAAAUCUUUAAAUUACAGUGUACAGUCUGGAUGAAACUACCCCUAGGGCAAACUGGGGUGCAGCAGUUUAUGGACAAGAUGUACUUUGUGCACAUGUGAUGGAGUGAAUGGAAAUCCUUGUGAUUGAUUAUACUUGACUAGUGAUGGUUAUUACAGCAGAGAUGGGUACAUAUAUCAUUUAUGUGGGUCUUGUCAGAUAUUUGUAAAAAAAAAAACAAACAAAAACGAGUAUGUCAAGUGAUCCCCGGGUUACGUACGUAUUUCGUUCCUCGACUUUGAUGUAAGUUGAGCUUUGAUCCAAUUCGAAUAUGCACCUAAAGUAAACCUAAAUGAACUCCUCACACUGAAGGACAUAAAAUACAGUACUAAAACACCAGGGGUGCUUGGAUUCCAAUAAUUCAUGAGUGAGAUUGGCUGAUACCAAUCACAUGGAUUAACUGUAAACAUUUCUAUUUAUUCAUCAAUAGCGAUAUUGGUACUAAUACUAUACUAAUGGCCCCUGCGUAAUCGGUAAAGUAAAAACGUGGGGGGGCAACAUUUUUUUUUCAUGCGGCCCAGAAUUUUUGGUUGCACCCCUGCUUACUUUUUCGAGACAUAUCACUCGAGAAACUUACAGAGGAUGAGACGUCUUUUGCAAGGAGACUUUUGAUGCAAGAGUAACUUCAAGUUAGCACAUAGCUGGGCUCCAAGUGAGACAGCAGUCAGCGGAAACCAGUGUCUUCCACCGCUGAGAAAGGCUAGACAUCUAGUCCGAUUAAUUCAAUUAUUUUUGGGGUUAUUUGCUUAGCCUUCCGACUGACUUGCACAUACGGCCGAGUGUUGCCCAGCAUUGGCUGCGACACACCAUAACUCUCCAUGCUCUGUCAAGUGUUUGUUCUUCAAAUGGCAUAUUCAAUGAAAGAUAUUUUUCCUGGCAUGUGUUGCAGAAUGCAAACUUUGCAUCACUCUCACAAAUAGCACAUAAGUUCCACACGGCGGACAUGUUUGUUUGGGUUUUCCACCACAUGCCUGUACAGUGUGGAGGAAAGUGGGAGGGGGCCUCUACCCAAGACACUUGAGCAGGACUCUACACUGCACACAAGGGUCUCUACAGGCUGCAACAGGUGAUGGGUAUUUGUGAUCGGUAUUGAUCAGUUGGUAUUUGUGAUCGGUAUUGAUCAGUAUAUGCAUAUCCACUGUAGCAUCCCUACUAAAUAUUGUACAAGAAUUAAACAAAACGGUAAUAAAAAGAGAACAACUUACUUUUGUCCCUGUGGGUUAUUGGUAGGACAAAGUAGAAGGCGCUGAUGUAGAUCACUUCCUGAAUCAACGCAAGGCUCAUUGCGAUAAAAUGUUGAUUGUGGUCUUCAAGCGAAAGCACGAGCAACCUUUCCAUCUUAAUAAUAAAACCACUAUGUUGCUGAGUAAUCGCUGUCGCUUUCAUAGGAGCAAAUCCUUUUACAUGGUCAAGGAUACGAUGUUUAUCCGGCAAGACAGAUGUCACAGUUGAACUGUGAAGACCAAAAAUGCAGCCAACAUUGCUGGGCGUUGUUUCUCCUCUCUCUCAGAGCUUCUGAUGUUUAUUUUCACUUCCAUGGUGAUGGCUUUUCUUUUUCGCAGCACACUUCCGCCAGAAAAGCCUGCAUUACACUUGUAGACCUUAUGGAUGAGACUGAUCCGUGUGUGCUGCAUGUAUGGAGACAGCUACAUUUGCUGAUAUUCUUUUAGUGUGGUUGCAUGUUAAGUAAGCAAACAAAGUUCUGGUUUCUGAAUUGUAUCGUAUCGGCAGAUAUCACAUCGGAAGUGAAAAAAAGUGCAUCAGUGCAUCCCGAGUACACAUAAUGAAGUGCUAAAAGUUAAUAACAGACAUUCACUCUGUGUAGCUGUGAAUGGACACCACACUGUACAGUAUCCAUCCGCAGCGGACGCUGCACGCAUCUUUGCAGGACGCAGCAUGUAUUUGUCCGUUGCAUGUGCUGAAGGAAGUUAGUCCAGUGUUAAUGGACCAAAAUUAAGUAAUUAAUUUAUGGGAGUGCGUAUGUAAUCGCCAAACAGCAAAAGUCGUGAUGAUGUAACCUGAGGACCACCUGCAUUGCCCAAAAGACACCUGAGUCUUAUCUUGACAUACAGAUGCUGUACCACUGACCAAAUACAUGGGCACCUACUCACCAUUCUUCUCGCUGUUUCUCAUAGUUUUGCAUGUCGGGUCUGAUCUGCUUGGUGAGCCUCUGAUACUGUCUGAAUUGUGCCUCAGCAUAACCUGCAUUUGGAUAUGAUGGUGUGUGUGAGAGGGAACAUUUAAGAGAGCUCACAACAAGCAGCCUCCCUUUCUGGUCCUAUGGUGAUAAUUUGCGACAAGACAAUAGUAGCCAUAUUUGACAUAUCAAGCUCUUUUAGUAGACACACAACCUGAAAAUAACAUCACUAAAGUUCCAUAUCACUUCCUGACAAAGUUAAAGCAUGUUAAACUCAUAGGGGCAACGCUAACUCUAUUAGACGUGAAUGUAAAUGGGGAAAGCAAUGUGUGACUACCUCAAUUUGAAGCUUUCUUCUGCUAUCUUUAGCAGUCUUUAUGAUCAACAGACAGGGCCAUUUAUGCAUUAAGCGAAGCGCACUGUGUCAUGUGUUGACAGCUAAUCAAAAGGCACCAUUGACAUGAGAAUUAAAGAUAAUGUGGUGACAGGAAGCUGACUUAAAAUGUUAAAGUGGUGUUAAGGGGCCCAAAGUGUGCAAGAAAACACCUUUUUGAAUAUAUAAAUUCACCUACUCCUUCUACGGAUGACAUAAAUAACACUGUUGAGGCUGGCUGUUGCAAAUGUGUGUCAUGGUAAACAAAAAUGGCCCUGAAUGCGAAAUGAUUUGGCAUUGACAACAGAGAACCCAGAAAACUGUUUGACGACCACUCCUUUAUACCAGUGGUUCUCAACUGGUUUGGCUGCGGGACCCACUAUCAACCCUCAAUGACAAGUGGCGACUCAAAUUGCAGAAAUUGUGCAAGUAAAACUUCUUAAAUAUCUUAUAUUUAAAAGGCCUGUUCGCCUCUGCCUAGCAGGCGCUAGCUUUCUAAAGUGUUGCAAGCAUUAUAUGCUGCCUUCUUCCUGCUCGGGAACAACAGUUGAUCCACAAAUGUAAAAAUGAUUUGAACAAAAAGUACGUUUUCAGUACAUGGUAUAUCUGAGGAGUUUAAUCAGACUUGGACCUGGAUGAGAGGUGAAACAUCUUUAAGGAAAUCAAGCUAGUCCAAUUGCUCUCAUUCAACUCCUCAGAUUAACAAAAAGUACAAUUAAAAAAAGAUUUAAAUAUACAAAUUGAACUUUUUUCCCUGAUUAACUCAACAGGUAAGUUUAGUAAUAAUACUAAUAGGAGGUCCAUUUCUUCUGUAGACCACCGCUCUGUCUGGGUCAACAGACCUACGAGUCUUCCUUGUAGGGGGAAUCCCCGAUGCAACACAACGUGAGCUGGAGCGGUUACGCUAAAUUCACACUCAAUGUUUUUCCCCCUCCUUCUAGAGCUUGGCCAAGUCGCCCAUAAACAUGGCACACAACUGGUGGUGGUGUAGCAAGAAAACGGCACAGAUGCAAGGUGCAUUCAGGGACAUCAGGUCAUUACGCAAUUUUAUUUUUUUCCCGGUGACCCACUUUUGGAUCGCAACCCACCAGUUGAGAACCACUGCUCUAUACUGUACCAAUCUCAACAAUAAA